AUGGCUUCCUUCUUGGCCCGGCUUGUCCCUCCGUCUGCUCAUUACUCUGAUUAUCUCAUCAUUCUCAAUGUCCAACCACCUCAUCCGAAUGUUACUCUGCUAUCUACUGGUGUAAUUGAUCGGGAGGAGCCAAGAAGAGAAGAUGGUGGUGAUUCUGAUCCAGCCUGUUGUUUAUGUUGUGCAAUGUGCAUCGUAUACAAACGUGCUGUUAUUGAUGCGCCCAGGCGCCGAGAAGUGCAAUUCAGUAAAGGGAGCCUUAUCGAUGGAGUGAUGUACAAGGCGUCCUUCGAAGAAUACAGUGAUCUUGGAGUCCUUGAUGCACUUACUGACUCCAAUUGCAAGGAUCACUGUAGAUCCAGGGGAAAGGGAAUGCGCCGGCGCUUCGCGUAUGAUCUGAAUUUCCUCAUCUCUUGGAUCACUACAAUAGACGCCAACGGAGUGGUAGACGCUGGAUGA